ACAGACUCUAAGAUGCCUCGCUCCUUGAGAGAGUGGUUCAAAGAUUACAGGUUAGAGCGACGCAUUCGCAAAAACCGACUGGUCACCAAAGAUGGCCACUGCAACAUCGAGCUCGGCAAUGUAAUGCACAAAAAGGGCUUCACCUAUGUUCUUGACUUCUGGACCACUUUCGUGGAGACCCGAUGGCGGUUCAUCCUUUUGUAUUUUGUGGCGUCCUACUGCCUUAGCUGGUUCCUUUUCGGACUCUUGUGGUACUGGUUAGCAAGAAGCAAUGGUGACCUGUUGUGGCAGAAUCCAACACCGGAUCAUACACCAUGCGUUCACAAUGUUAAUGAUAUGACUUAUGCCUACCUCUACUCAUUGGAGACCCAAACCACAAUUGGGUGUGGCAAUAUAUAUGUCACUGACCAAUGUCCUGGAGGUGUGGCUCUGAUUAUAAUCCAGACUGUCAUAGGAGUUCUUAUAAGUAUCUUCUGGUGUGGUAUAGUUAUGGCCAAACUCACCCUUCCAAAAAAGAGAGCCAAAACCAUCACCUUCAGCAAAUCUGCUGUCAUCUGCCCCAAAAAAGGAACUCUUUGCCUUCAAAUCCGUGUUGCAAACCUGCGCAAGACCUUAAUGAUCGGCAGUCAGAUUUACGGAAAGCUUCUGAGGACAACAGUUACUGGAGGUGAGACCGUCAUCCUGGACCAGGUCAGCAUUGACUUCAUGGUGGAUGCUGGGAAGGACAAUCUGUUUUUCGUGUGUCCUUUAACCCUGUACCACAUCAUUGACAAAAGCAGCCCAUUUUUCGACAUGGCUGUGGACACUUUGCAUCAGCAGGACUUUGAGCUUGUGGUUUUCCUCGACGGCAUGGCUGAAUCCACCAGCUCCUCCUGCCAGGUCAGGACUUCAUACAUCCCUCAGGAGAUUAUGUGGGGCUACGAAUUUCUCCCGAUCAUCUCCCGCAGCAAAGAGGGAAAAUACAGAGUGGACUUUUCCAACUUUGCUAAAGUGGUGCCUGUUCCUACCGCACAUUGCUCCCACUGCUACCACAAUGAGCCCGGAAACCAUCUCCAUCUCAAGGGCAUUGACAACAAGAGUUUUGAGAUGUUCGACAUGGAGUCAUCAAACGACACCAAAACUUAAUGCUUUUUCACUGACUGGUCAACAUGUCAGAAAACAUUGAACACUAAUGCUUUAUAUCUUUCAUUGCGGGGAUGAGAGGCGAGCGGAGCGUUUCAAUAUCUUGAGUAGUACUUGAGUAGCAACACACAGGAAUCCAUUUCUUUUAUCAAAUGCACCGCUUUACACUUAGCAAAAACAAUGUUUUUUUCUGCCUUUCAUCUCACAAUUGUAAAGUGUAAAAGCGUUUCCAUUGUCAAAAGGUACCAAAAACGAACCGUACUAAACCACUUUUUGCACAACAAAAGGGUACCAAAAGGCAGAGCAAGACGCACAGAUGAACGCUAUUGGUUUACUGAGAGACAUCACUAGCUCGUGCACAAGCUAGGAGAAUGAAAACAAAGGAAGCGUCAUUUUUAAAUGCACAGUUGAGACAUUACACCGUAAUAAUAUAUACCUAUAAUAAUGAGCCAUGGUCGACUCGAGCUCAAACAAAUCUUUUCGUCAUUCUGACGAACAGCCACAAAGCCAAGAAGGAGAGUAGAAUCUACCCUGUGCCCCAUAGUUGUUAACAAGGUCGUUUAAAGCGCGAGUGGUUUCACUUUCUCACGUGUGCUUGCCGUGCAUCUAUAUUUGAAAUAAGGAACUUCUUGAGCUGAUGAUAAUAACAUGCAUGUGAUUAUUGAAGUGCUCCUGAUAUCCGAUCCUUUCAGAAGCAGACAAACACGAGAGCGAAUCGAGAAAAACAAAGGAGAAGCCGGAAAAAAACAAAGGAGCAAAUUAUUUUUUCAGCAGCCUAAAACAUGAACAAACUGCCAUGUUUAACUAUUAUCUUCACCUUUUGGACUAUUAUAAACUCAGAAUGACGGAAAUACUCUCUAACAAAGGCUACAUGUGCUGGUGAAGAUUAAAGACACAGAUGAGAGGUUUGCACUGACUGUGGGCUAUAUGUUGCGUGUUGUUUUUGAACCCAAAUACACUCAGAAAUAAAGGUGUGUGAGCUGUCACUGGGGUGGUACCUUUUCAAAAGGUACAAAUUUGUACCUAAAAGGUCCAUGUUAAUACCUCAAGGGUACAUAUUAGUACCUAAAAAGUACAAAAGUGUUCCUCUUAAAAUUUGUAGGUACUAAUAUAUACUUUUGAGGUACCAGUAUGGACCCUUCAAGAACAAAUGUGUACCUUUUGAAAAGGUACCACCCCAGUGACAGCUUGCGUACCUUUAUUUCUGAGAGUGUAAGGAAUAAAUGUAUGCUGUGUGUAGUU